AUGGAGAUACUAGAAACAGAGAAACUCUUCUCAGUGGAAAAACCUCUGCUAAAACCAAUUUCAGAUCAUUCUGAGAACAAGACAAAAGCUAGAAGAAUUGCUGUUGUCUCAAUUCUGCUUCAGCCUUUCCAGUGGCUACAAAUGCUGUGUUCUAGGCUAAACCCGAGCUUUGUUCUAGGCGUGGUCCUUGUGUACGGCCUAAACCAAGGGUUCUCCGGCUCGAUAUUCAAAGUUGUCACCGACUAUUACUGGAAAGAUGUCCAGCAAGUGCAGCCAUCAGUUGUGCAGCUUUACAUGGGAUUAUAUUACAUCCCAUGGGUCAUGAGGCCCAUUUGGGGUCUCUUCACCGAUGUUUUCCCUAUCAGAGGUUACAAAAGAAAGCCUUAUUUUGUGGCCUCUGGUGUUCUUGGUUUGGUCUCUGCGAUUGCAAUUGUAGUUCUUGGUAAGUUGCCCGCUGCUUUUGCUUUGAGCUGCCUUUUAGGUGUCUCUGCUGCUAUGGCCAUCGCCGAAGUUGUGAUUGAUGCGUGUAUAGCAACAAACAGCAUCAAUAUCCGAUCUUUGGCUCCUGAUAUACAGAGCCUUUGUGUGGUUUGCUCGUCUGCUGGUGCUUUGGUGGGAAACGCAACUAGUGGAGUCUUUGUUCACCGCCUUGGUCCUCAGGUUGAGUUUCCACCUUAUUUAUCACGUAUGCUUAACAUAGGAGCAUUAGGUGUAUUAGCAUUGCCACCUGCAACAAUUAUCCUACUUGGGUUUUUCAUCAACGAGAAAAGAUCUUCUACUGUCCUUAUACAGAAAAACAAAAAGGACACAGAUGGCGUAGGAGUAGCGGUGAAGGGAAUGUACAAAACCAUAAAAUACCCUCAAGUAUGGAAGCCAUCACUUUACAUGUUCAUAUCCUUAGCUCUCAACAUCAGCACUCAUGAAGGCUACUUCUACUGGUACACUGAUCCGACAGCUGGGCCCGCCUUUUCCCAGGAGUUUGUUGGCAUAAUCUACGCGAUCGGGGCAUUGGCAUCGAUGGUUGGAGUUCUGAUAUACCACAAGAAGCUCAAAGGCUAUUCCUUUAGGAACAUACUCUUCUUCGCACAACUUCUAUACGGCUUCUCAGGAAUGCUUGACCUCAUCUUCAUCAAGCGCUGGAACUUAAACCUCGGGAUACCCGAUUCCUUCUUUGUGAUAACCGAAGAGUCUUUCUCAAGGAUCAUAAGUAAGAUCAGGUGGAUCCCCAUGAUCGUUCUGAGCACAAGGCUUUGUCCUCUGGGAAUCGAAGGCACCUUCUUUGCUCUGCUCAUGUGCAUUGAUAGUGUCGGACAGCUUGCUUCUAAAUGGAGUGGAGGGUUCGUUCUUCACGCUUUUGGUGUCACAAGACACGAGUUUGGGAAUCUCUGGCUCGUGAUUCUUCUGAGGAAUGUCCUGAGAUUCACUACGUUGUGUUUCAUUUUCCUUGUUCCAGAUUCUGAUCAUUUGGAUGAUAUUGUGCCGUCUGAUGUGAAGGAACCAGAAGAUGAUGAUGAUACUAAACUUUUGCUUCUGUAAAGGAGAGAAGUUAAACGGAUUUGUAAUUUUGUAUAGUGUCGUCGAACGGUACGGUCGGUACAGAUGAGAGAAUCAACAUUUCGUUUUAUAUAUUUAGUGUUGUUUGGACUGCCUGUAGUGCCAAAAAACAGCUUGUAGUUUUGUUAUAUCUUAAAUGGAAUACACGCUGACCGAUACUUUCUGUUCAUUUUACGCUUUUGC